AUGGUGAACCACAAGGGGAAUUCAAUUUCUCGCGUCCGCCAGUUCUACAUGCGAAAGGAUUUCCCUCGAGUAGAAGAUAUCCAUCCCUUUUAUGGCGACCUCCUUCACGUCCUCUACAACAAGGAUCACUACAAACUCGCACUUGGGCAGCUCAACACUGCAAGAAAUCUCAUCAAGAGGAUACGCGAACACUAUGUGAAGCUCUUGAAAUAUGGGGACUCGCUCUACUGGUGCAAGUCAUUGGAGCGUGCUGCACUUGGCCGUGUGUGUACUGUGACCAAGCGUAUUGGGUCGAGCUUGGCUUACCUCGAACAUGUCAGACAGCACAUGGUGAAGCUUCUCUCGAUCAACACGGGCGCUCCAACGAUCUUGAUUUGUGGGUGCCCCAAUGUUGGGAAGAGCUCUUUCUUGAACAAGAUCACCAGGGCUAAUGUGGAGGUCCAGCCAUAUGCUUUCACCAAGAAAUCGCUCUUUGUGGGGGCAUACGGACUACAAGUAUCUGAGGUAUCAGGUGAUCGAUACACCGGGGCUCUUGGACAUGCCUCUUGA